GUUCAAAUUAAAAAACUAUAAAUAUUAAAAAUAAUUUAAAAUAAACUUAAACUUAAAUCAUUUAAAACGUAAAUAAUUUAAUUUUUAACUCUUCAAAUAUUUGUUUAGUUAUAAUCUUGUGACAAAAUAAAUGCAAGAUAAACAAUCUUAUAAUUUUGAUUAAAUUUUAUUUUAUUAUCUGCAAUAAAAAUUCAUAACAAAUACAAAUUUCACAACGUGCCAAAUAAUAAAUCAUAUUUUACAACCCAGCCGCUAAAAGAGUGGAAAAAGUGACUAAACAAUUUAAAAAAAAUCAUCAACUAAAAACAAAAGGACAAUAAUUUAACAAUAUUACAGCAAAGUAUUCACAAGUUUUUUAAAUAAAAAUAACCAAUUUUAUUGCCAAAUAAAUUCUUGUGCAACUGCUUGAUAAAUCUUUCUACAAACAAACAAAAACCAACUGAACAAAAUUAAAAGUCAUUUAACUGUCAAUUGCUGUUUUUAUUGUUGUUUUUAUUAUACAAAUUAUUUGCAUAAUUAUGUCAGUAUGUUUGUAUUAAGAGGAAAUCAAAAUAAACAAAAAAUGUCAUUAUCAAGUGUUAAUUUUAUGUUGGGCCCACAAAAUCGUAAUUGCUGCCAAAGCCCAAUAACCGGUUUCAUAAAUACUCUACUCUUGCUGGGAUUAUUGCUGGCUCAGCAGCCGCUGCAGACUGGCGGUCAAAGCACAACGUCAAACAUUUUAUCGUUACUUAAUAAAACAGAAAAAAAUCCUACAGAUCAUUGUGUGGUUGAAAUAAACAAUAUAACUGUUUACAAAAGUAUAGGAUCAAUCUGGGUUUCUCCAAAGGAUGCCUGUGCUUUGCAUUCCUGUGAUUUGAAUAAACAAGGUGAACCACAGGAAGUGAUACGAAAAGAUAAUUGUGGAGAUUUCUAUUGUGAUAUAGAUUCGGAAGUUCGCCCCAAAGAGGGUUCCUGUUGUGGCGAAUGUGUGCGAACAAAAUGUCGUUUUAAAGAUCAAGUCUAUGAUGUCGGACAAACUUGGCAUAAUGCAGAUGACUGCACUUUAAAUGAAUGUUCUCUCCUGCCAAAUGGUCAACCUAUGAUAAAUACAUAUAAAAAAUCCUGUCCACCUUUACCCAGAAACUGUCCUUUAGAUUUAAUUUAUACAGAAACUUGUUGUCAAUAUUGCAAUUCAUCUAGUGUAGCAAGAAAUUUAUAUCGUAAUGAUGACCUGAAUAUAGAAACAGAUGAUAUAUGGACCGAAGAGUUUUAUACAAAUCAUCCCUGCAAUAGAGAUUGCCAAGCAAAUGGAGAGCCUAAACGUUGUUUCUAUACAUUUGUGGUGGAAUGGUAUGAGACUUUAUCGAAGGCUUGUUAUGAAUGUCCCAACAAUAUAACAGAUUGUCAAAGACCACAUUGUAUAACUGGAGAUGGCAUAACACGCUCCAUAACGGUUGUAAAUCGCAUGAUGCCUGGUCCAACUAUAGAAGUUUGUCAAAACGAUGUUAUAGUGGUAGAUGUUAAAAAUCAUUUAUUGGGUGAGAGUACCACCAUACAUUGGCAUGGUAUGCACAUGAAAGAAAAUCCUUAUAUGGAUGGUGUGCCGCAUAUUACCCAAUGUCCCAUUUCACCACACUCCACUUUUCGUUACACCUUUAAGGCGGAAAAUUCUGGUACACAUUUUUGGCAUUCUCACACCGGCAUGCAGAGAGGUGAUGGUGUAUUUGGAGCUUUAAUAGUUAAGAAACCUAAAAUCGAAGAACCUCAUGGACAUUUGUAUGAUUUUGAUUUGACCGAACAUAAAAUGAUCGUACAAGAUUGGGUACAUGUUCCCGGCAUUAGUAUGUUUGCUUCUCAUCAUCAUUCGAAUGGUGAUAAUAAACCUUUAAAUUUACUGAUUAAUGGUAAAGGACGCUACUAUAAAGCCAUUUGGGAAAAGAUUAAAAAAGAAGAGAAACAAGAAGUCAGAUCAAAUGUACCCAAUGAAGAAUCUAAGUCCACAACAAGACAACCUAAAAUAAUAACUAGUACUACUACAACAACUACCUCAGAACGUACUCCUUAUACUGGUUUAGUUUAUACCGAAAAAUCUUCUACCGCUUAUCCAAGUGAUGAAGCUACUCCUGCCACUACGGAGGAAGAAGAUGAUGUUGUAUUUUUACAUCCUUUAGAUGAUUCUACUUUAAGCAAUAUGCGCAUACGACAAAAUGAAAUUUCACGAUUGGCCAGACUUGCUCAAUUGGACCAAUAUCGAAGUAGUACAGAAAAUGUAAAGGAAAGCACUAUUAACAACAAAAAAAUAGAAGAAAGUCUGAAAUCUGAAGAAAUUCCAGACGACUCUAUAGGUUUAGAGCGAACUAAACGUGCUAUAGACGGUGAAAUUCCUUUGCAUUUUAUACCACUGCAGACUUACAAUGUCAAACGUGGAUUCCGUUAUCGUUUUCGCUUAAUCAAUGCAGAAUUCCUUAAUUGUCCGAUCAAGAUUUCUAUAGAUAAUCACACCUUAACUGCUUUCAAUUCUGAUGGUUUUGAUUUUGAGGCAGUUGACGUUGGCUCUAUUGUGACCUAUGCCGGGGAACGUUUUGACUUUGUUGUAAAUGCCGAUCAACCUGUAGGAAACUAUUGGAUACGUUUAAAAGGAUUAAUGGAUUGUGAUGAAAGAUUUACUUCAGCCUUCCAAGUUGCAAUAUUGCAUUAUGAUGGUGCUCCAAAUGAAGAGCCCAAAGAAGAUUUAGGUUAUCAUCAUGAACCUAAGGGUAUUGAAUUAAAUGCCAUGAAUCAGGGUCCUGGACAUGUGGAUUCCUUAACUAUAGCCGAAAUAAAUGCUUUGCCUAUUUAUGACAAAGUCCCCGGCAUAGAUCGGGAUGCUUUAAAACCUGUAGCCGAUUAUAAAUUUUUUGUUUAUUACGAUUUCUAUCGUAAAGAUCAUCCAGAAUUUCAUCCUAGCGAAUAUUAUGGCAUGGAUGCCAACAUGUCAAAUACAAGUAGAGUUUUUACACCACAACUUAAUCAUAUUUCCCUGAAAUUUCCCUCUGUGGCUUUAUUGCCAGCACGUAAUGAAGUAGAUGAUUCUAUGUUUUGCAAUGAAACGAGUUUAGAGCAAAAGGGCAUAGACUGCCGUAAGGAAUUUUGUAAAUGUCAUCAUGUAUUACAGGUGCCACUAAAUUCAAUAGUAGAGUUAAUUGUGAUAGACGAAGGUUUUACAUACGAUGCCAAUCAUCCUUUCCAUUUACAUGGUAAUGCGUUUCGUGUGGUAGGCUUAGAGAGAUUGGGUGCUAAUGUGACAGUGGAAAUGAUUAAACAACUUGAUCGCUAUAAUUUGCUCAAACGUAAUCUAGUCAGACCUCCAGUCAAGGAUACGGUUACCAUACCCGAUGGUGGCUACACCAUAAUACGUUUCGAAGCUCAUAACCCCGGUUUCUGGCUGUUCCAUUGUCACAUAGAAUUUCAUGCUGAAAUUGGUAUGGCCUUGGUACUUAAAGUAGGUGACAAUGAUGAAAUGGUACCAGUUCCUAAAAAUUUUCCCACUUGCCAUGACUAUAUGCCUAAUGAUAAUGACGAUGAAAGUAGCAAUAGUGGUGAACAAAACUCAAAUAAUAAUUCUACAUCUUCUCCUUUGGGAGACGGUAGUAAUUCAGCCUUAAGAAACUAUUAUAACCGUAGCUUAAUGGUUGGUGGUGUUGUGUUAUUGUUAAACUUAUUAAGAUCGUUUUAAGCUAAAUGAUGAAAAAAGAGUCUAAUUUGUUUAUAUUUUCGAUUAUUGUUAAAAAACUGUGAUUUUUCUAUAGAGUUAGUUUAUAUAUGUUAAGUUGUAAUUAAGAUUAAUUUAUAUUAUAUGUAUGUAUUUUAAAUACAUAUAAAUUUAUAAUAAAGUAUAUUGGAGAUAAAUUCAACAAUUAUGACUUUAGU